UAUAUAUACUCCAUUAAUUCCCAACAUUUUCUUCAUCACCAACACGCUAAUUUCAUUACACAAACCCUAAAAAGCACCACUGCUACUAAACCCAUUUGAUCGACAAUGGUGGCCACCAAGAUCUACAUUGUGUACUACUCGACAUACGGGCACGUGGAGAAGCUUGCCCAUGAGAUCAAGAAAGGGGCCGAGUCUGUCGAAGGAGUCGAAGCCAAGCUGUGGCAGGUCCCGGAAAUCCUGUCGGAGGAGGUUCUUUCGAAGCUCUACGCACCGCCGAAGAGCGACGUGCCGGUGAUCACCCCCGACCAGCUGACGGAGGCGGACGGCCUCGUCUUCGGUUUUCCGACGAGAUUCGGGAUGAUGGCUGCUCAGUUCAAGGCCUUCAUGGACGCCACGGGCGGCCUCUGGAGGACUCAGGCACUCGCCGGAAAACCCGCCGGAAUAUUCUACAGCACCGGCACUCAAGGAGGCGGCCAAGAGACCACACCAUUGACGGCGAUCACGCAGCUGACUCACCAGGGCAUGAUAUUUGUCCCGAUCGGGUACACAUUCGGGGCGGGUAUGUUCGAAAUGGAGCAGGUGAAGGGAGGGAGUCCCUAUGGGUCCGGGACCUUCGCCGGAGACGGGACCAGGCAGCCCACUGAGGUUGAGCUGGCACAAGCUUUUCACCAGGGGAAGUACUUUGCCGGCAUUACCAAGAAGCUCAAAUCUGGCUCUGCUUAAUAUAUAUUUAUAUAUUAAAUAAUUGAUUUUCUUGCAUUUGAAUUGUCGUCUAAAAAAUAAUUAUAAGUAUUAUUAAUAAAUGUUCCUGUCGUGUCUGGUCUGUGUGAGUUUGUCUCUGUAUGUGUAUCCAAUUACAUUACUUGUGUCAUUUGUUUUGUCUAAUGUAUCUUGAAUUGUUCAAUUUAUGAAUUUUCUGAGUUGAAAUUUCUGC